AUGGGCUUUCCGACGGACGAGACAGACAAGCUAUGGUCAGAUUUAUAUAAUUUCGAAAUUUUCAAAAUCUCCGAGGAUGAAGCUCGCAAGUUGUCAUUACCAACUCUCCCAAUACCUGGCACGAAGGACUAUCUGAUCGAGCUAGAUGUGUGGCACGAACUGCAUUGUUUGAAUGAUCUGCGGAUGCUUCUCUACCCUGAACGAUAUCCUGGAAUGGAUGAACUCCGAGAUAAGGAUGGAGUAAUUCAGCGGGACAACGACGCAGUCCGCCAUUGGGGUCUGCACUUUCUGUCUUUCCAACUCCCGAGACAAACCAUCAUGUGCCACGCUGAUGUGGCGCCAGUCUCUUUCCACAUCAACAUACCGGCCAGCACGGGCAUCUUCCCUCGCCUGGCCACCACACAUACCUGCCGCAACUUCACAAAGAUCCAAGACUGGGCGCGAAAUCAACAGGCAGGUGACUGGAACUUCUCCGUCACCCCAUUAGAGGCCGAGGAAAUCAUCAGGACCGCAGGGUUUGAUCAGAGCCCGCUGGAAGACAUCCAGUUUCUAUGGCCGCAUUUCCCAGGGAAUAAGUUUUUCAAACAUUGGCAAGAAAAUCCAGUAGGAUGA